CAGUAAAGCAAAAAAGGCUGUUCGUGCUGAAUGAGAUGACGUUAUCAUUUGUUUCGUUGGUUUCUUUUCAGAAGCUUUAUUUAAUCGACGUCACUCUUUAUUGAGGUUUGAAAUUUACUUCUAUGAGACCCUGAGCAGGGUCCGCGCGCUGUUUACAAUUACUCCGCUUCACGUGUUGUUCUUAAUUUUCGGUGGAUUUCUAGCGUCGUAUCUUCAGGUACCUGUCACUAUUGGUUCAUAAUUGUUUGUUUGAAAGUGUUUAACAUAAAACAGAGUUUCAAUGCUACUUGCUCACAGUGUGUAAGGGUCUUUCAAACGUUUUUGGCUUAAAAUCUCAAGCACUGAGAUUAAUAAAAGUGAUGCUGUCAACCACUCGCCGCUGGUCUGAAAAGUUUGUUAUCAAGCAUCCCUGGCACGAUGUUGUCAGUUCUGUACAAUUUAAAUAUCCCAAUCCCUAUAACCCAAAUGUGUUAAAUAUCGAUGUCCUUAAUCGGUAUGUAGAUGCUUCAAGUGGCAUAAUGCAUAGCUGCAAAUUGAUUAACUCCUCAUGGCCAAUGUUUCACAUGGGUCACCUCAGAGCCUUGGAAUACAGCUGUGUCCAUGUUCCAGAGAAACGGAUGAUAUCUAAAACCAUAAAUAUCGAUCUUCAGGGUGUCCUCGAUGGUUUAGAACAAAUGGAGUAUACUGUACAUCCAGAAAAUAAAGACUGGACUGUGCUGGAACACUCAAUUUCAGUGGAAGCAUUUUCCCUUAUUGCAAUGUCAGCAAUAAGCAUGUGCAAACAAACUGCAUAUCAGGGUCGAGAAGCUCUAGACUGGGUUAUCAGCCAUCGGCUUCCGACUAUUCAGUCAUCCCGUAGCAGUCAGUAUCAUGAUUCGAUUCCCGCUGAUAGCACUGACUCGUCCUAUUCAGAUUCCUUACCAUCAUCAUCAAACUCAUUUGCUGCUGGACAUUCGGACUCACCUUUUCAAAAAUUUGAACAAGUUGCAGCAAGUUCACCAUCCACCAAAUCUUGUGGUUCAUCAUUCUUCACUGAAAUUUCCAGACAGAACUCCACCAAUACAAAGUUUGCUCAAGAUAUUCCUCUGUUACCUCAGCCCGAAUCUUUGGGAUCAAGAUUAGAAACAUUUUCCCGUGAUGUAUCAGUUAUUACCGAUAAUUUAGUUAAACGUUCACAACGUGUAGCACAUCUUUUCUCUCGAAUCGACGAGUAUGUAGUUAUUCUUUAAAUGAGUUUCUAGUUUAUCUUUCUUAUAUUUCUAACUACUUUCUAUACCGCUAUACUUUCAGUUGUUAUUUUUGUGUGUGUGUGUGUGUAGAACAAACA